CGGACUUGUACGGAAAAGCUCCAUUGCUCCCUAAGCUAAUGAUUGCACAAAUUCCAAAAAAAGUCAACUAAUUUAAGUGUACUUUCAUUUCUCACGUAAUAAUAUCUGCUUUAUGAAUUUAAAAACUUUACUCAGAAUAUCUUCCAAAGCACAUAUCAUGGUCCUUCUGUAAUUGCUCUUUUAAUCUUGGGUGGAAUUACUUCACUUCAGAAAUUAAUUUACUUGUCUUUUUAUUUCCAGGUAUAAAGUUAUUUGCAUCGAAUAGCUACGUGUUACAGUUCAUAAUCUAUUUCACUUACAUGAAUUUGCAAAUUUCAUCCGCUUUCCUUAUGACAUCAUACUUUACUACUGUCACGACUGCUACUGGUAUGCUUCUACUUGAAUUUUCAUUUUUUUUGUUCAGAUGGUUGCGACAAAGUAUCUACUCUCAUUACAUGGAACUGCAUGGUGCAGUGACAGGAUAUCUCUACAUAAUUGGAUCUGGCUUUGUAGGAGAAUAUUUGUUCAAGCCUUUUGUUGAAGAUACCUCUGUCUCAAGAAGCUUGAUUACGCUGAUGGAGUUCUUCCCACCAUUUUCUUUGUACCACAUAAUCUAUGAGCUCUCUCCACCCCCAGCAACGGGAUUUUAUUCGGACUUUUCCGGUGUACAACUGGGAGAUCUGAGUAAUCCAGAGAAUGGAAUUUUAGUCUUGGUAAUCAUAAUGGUACUUGAGUGGGCCACAUUCCUUUUCUUGACAUUAUACUUCGAUGAAUUUGGUUGCCUCCAAAAUCGAAUGAGAAGCCGUCAGGCUCUUCAGAGGCCAUCUAUACAUCCUCAACAAAGUGAAGCUUCAAUUGAAAUAGACAGGACUGAUAUUAUGAGAGAGAGAGAGAUAGUUGAUAGAUUCUUGCAACAACCAGAUAGUAGCUAUUCCAUCAUAAUUGACAACAUUAGGAAAGUGUACCCUCCAAAAGAUGGAAAUGCAGAGAAAGUUGCUGUCAAAGGCGUCUCAUUUGCUAUCCAACGAGGACAAUGUUUUGGACUUCUUGGUUCAAAUGGUGCUGGAAAAACUUCUCUCAUUAGCAUGCUGACUGGAUUUACUAAACCUACAUCUGGCACGGCGUAUAUUGAUGGACUGGACAUACGAAUGGACAUGAGCAAAAUUUAUACAAGAAUAGGUGUUUGCCCACAAUUCGAUUUGCUGUGGGAAACACUGACUGGCCGAGAGCAUUUGAUGUUUUACGGCAGGCUUAAGAGAUUGAACGGUGCAGCAUUAGUUGAGGCUGCAGAACAGUCUCUAAAAGUAUUGCGGAUAUUUGAGGGUGGUGUCGCUGAUACUUUUGUGUCACAAUACAGCGGUGGCAUGAAACGUCGCCCUAGCGUUGCUAUAUCUCUAAUCGGUGACCCUAAGGUGGUUUACCUGGACGAACCAAGUUCAGGAUUGGAUCCAGCAUCAAGGAAUGCCUUGUGGAAUGCUGUGAAGUUUGCCAAAAAGGACAGAGCCAUAAUUCUCACGACCCAUUCGAUGGAAGAGGCUGAAGCUCUUUGCGACCGGAUAGGAAUAUCCGCAUAUGGUCGUCUCCGAUGCACUGGAACCUCCAAAGAGAAAUUUCCAAAGUUCUGA